AUGGAUGCCAAUGAUUUUCCGCGCCUUUUCUACACAAGUAUGCCCUCGAGCAGCACUUCAAAUCAUCGAAUCGACCGAUUGUCGUCUUCUUCUUCGUCUACUUUUCGUCGUGAUGACUUCAGAAGACACUCAACGACGACGUCUUCAGAGAAAUUCUCCACAAUUUCUAUCGGUGAAUCUGUGAAAUUGGAGGAAGAAAACGGAGAAAUCCCAGAAAAAUUUGUUCAAGAAGAGGAUACUGUAGUGAAGACAGAAGAAACUCGAGUAUCCGACUGUGACUUCUCACUGACAUUCUACACAGCUCACGUGACGUCAUCUUCGAUGCUCAGUAGAGGAGACUCGUCGUCGAUCAACAACAAAACUUUUACACCGGAUGAUCACUACAGUAACCCAUCAGACAAACGACGAGAAGUUCCUUCAAUCCGCUCCACGUCUUCAAAUUCUUCUUCUUUCGGAGGCCACGUGGCAUUUGUAGAUGAGCCAUCGGAAGAAAAUCAGCGUCAGCAACAACAGUAUCAGCAACAUCAAUUCCAACUGCCAACACUUCUUGUCACUUCAACACCAUCCACUGUUUUUGAUCAGAACGACGACGACGUGUUCACAUCACCAUAUCAUCCACCAAAUCGUCAAUACUCGUCAUCCAGUGAAAUGAGUGGUCUCUCAUUUCAACUUCAAUCUGGAAUUCAUAAAAAGUCGAUUGCGGUCGAAGGAAAUGAGAUUGCAUUGAGAGAUUUACGAAAUGAGGCGUUUCAAUUUGUCAAAGAGAUUUACCCGGAAAAGAAGUGCGGUUCACUGGAGGACUACAUUCUGUUGUACAAACAUGAUCUCCGAUCAAUCAAUAUUCUUCAAUUGAUCACAACGUCGUCAGAUGUAACUGAUGGAACGCUGGUGGAAAUCGUUAUUGGAUCCUGUCCACAAAACGAACGAAUCGUCGUCCAUCCACACACUCUGUUCGUGCAUUCCUACAAAGUGCCGACUUUCUGUGAUUUCUGUGGAGAAUUGUUGUUUGGAUUAGUGAAACAAGGACUCAAAUGUUUCGGUUGUGGACUCAAUUAUCAUAAACGAUGCGCAUCGAAAAUCCCAAAUAAUUGUAAUGGAUCAAAGCAACGAAGACCGUCAGCCAUCCCAUUGUCACCGUCGAAUUCCAAUAUUUUGAAUUUAAAUGAGAGAAGGCAAUCUCGUCGUGAUUCAUGCCUUGAAGCACUGGAUGCAGCUCGUCCAUCAUCAACACUUGGCGGUGCAGCGACUCCGAAUAUAUUCAUAACUUCAGAUGAUUGUGGAGACCCCGUUGGUGGAAAUUUCCUCCAAAUGCCUCGAAAAGACCGAUCGUGUUCGUGGAGUGGACGGCCACUUUGGAUGGAAAUUGCGGAAGCGACAAGGGUUAAGAUUCAGGUACCACACACAUUCCAAGUGCACAGCUACAAACUUCCGACGGUCUGUCAACACUGUAAAAAACUGCUCAAAGGACUUUUACGACAAGGAAUGCAGUGUCGAGGUGAGAAUGAAACAGAAAAGUUACAGAACGGCGCGGUUGCGAAAUACUGCAAGUACAACUGUCACAAAAAAUGCUCGGAACACGUGGCAAAAGAUUGCUCAGGCAACACGAAAGCCUCUCAAUUCUUCCUGGGAACCGCUGAUGAUGGUGUUUCCGAAGAUCGUGACGAUGAUUUGUCGCUUCGAAGUGGAUCUGGAGGACAUAAAAAAGCUCAAAAUACGCCAAGUGCUCCGCUACAGGGAUCCGAAGGAAGUGGAUCACCAGGAGGAGCCGUCGUCUCAUUUGCCCAGGGCCUGUCUAAUGCCCCAGAUGAUGACGUCAUCAGUUCAGAAUCUGCGAAUAUACCGUUGAUGAGAGUCGUCAUGUCGAAGAAACAAACGAAAAGAAAAAAUAAUAAGCUACUGAAAGAAGGAUGGAUUGUUCAUUAUACCGAUCAACAGAAUAUGCGCAAAAAGCACUAUUGGCGUUUGGAUACGAAAGGAAUCACAAUGUAUCAAGACGAGAACACGACGAGAUACUACAAAGAAAUUCCGUUGAAUGAGAUUCUGGGAGUGAUGACGUCAUCACCAGAAAAAUCAUCUGAAUACCUUUUCGAGAUUCGAACCGGUGCUUGUGUCUACUUUGUUUAUUCGAGUCUAACCGACGAGGAGCUCUACAACAUCAUUCACGCAUCACCAUGCAUCGCUCGAAAACCAUCUACAGUAUCCUCAACGGAUUCUGGAUAUCUUGGGUCGUCUGGAGCCAGCUCGUCGUGUGUCAGAAGUCGUGAAGGAUCGACAGUAUCCUCAACGAUUACGGUAGAUCGGACUAGACGUGGUGGAUCGACGACGUCUACUGAGAAUUCAGAAGCAGAGUCCGAGAGUAGUUAUUCGAGUUUUGCUUCGAUCGCAUCGACGGCUUCAAAAUAUUUGGGACGCGCUGCGGAUUGUUUGGUCUUGAUGACGAAAAGAAAUGGAUGGAGUGAUGCGGGCUCACCAGCCGAUGAAAAGUCAUCAGGAUCACUGGAUGCUCAAUCGUGGACCACUGCAAUUCAAUCGGCUCUAAUGCCAGUGACCCCACAGAGUUCUGUGGUCGGUGGAAAACGAGUCGAUAAGCUGAAAGUUCCCACUGAAGGAGAAACUGGUCAUCUCGGUGCAAAAAUUCAAACGGAACAAGAGUUCUCCCAACUGUACCAAAUCUUCGCCGAAGAAGUUUUGGGUUCCGGGCAAUUCGGAACGGUAUACGGUGGAAUUCACCGGAGAAAUGGACAACACGUGGCAGUGAAGCUGAUUGACAAACUGAAAUUUCCGCCGAAUAAGGAGGAUUUGUUGAGAGCCGAAGUGCAAAUUUUGGAGCAAGUGGACCACCCAGGAGUGGUGCAUUUCAUGCAAAUGCUCGAAACGACUGAUCGAAUUUUCGUUGUGAUGGAAAAAUUGAAAGGAGACAUGCUGGAAAUGAUACUCUCGUCAGAGAAAGGACGACUCUCCGAGAGGACCACACAAUUUUUGGUUGCUCAGAUUUUGGAGGCAUUGAGAUACCUGCAUCAUCAAAACAUUGUGCACUGUGACUUGAAGCCCGAGAACAUAUUGCUCAACUCGAAUUCCGAUUUCCCUCAAGUGAAACUAUGCGAUUUUGGAUUCGCACGAAUUAUUGGAGAAAAGAGUUUUAGAAGAAGUGUCGUUGGUACGCCAGCCUAUUUGGCGCCAGAGGUUCUCCGAAACAAAGGAUUCAAUCGUUCGCUGGAUAUGUGGAGUGUUGGUGUGAUUGUCUAUGUUUCCCUGUCCGGAACAUUCCCAUUCAAUGAAGACGAAGAUAUUAAUGAUCAAAUACAAAAUGCCGAAUUCAUGUACCCACCGUCACCGUGGAAAGAGAUUUCGGAGAAUGCUAUCGAAUUCAUCAACGGACUGCUUCAAGUGAAGAUGAGCAAGCGGUAUACGGUAGCGAAGGCGCAGUCGCAUAUCUGGAUGCAGAACUACACCAUCUGGUCGGACCUUCGAGUGUUGGAAAAAGCAGUUGGUCAACGUUUCGUCACUCACGAAUCGGAUGAUUCCAGAUGGCAUGCCUAUGAAAAAGAACACAACGUCACACCGGUCUAUGUCUGA